ACUUCGUUCUCGCUCUGUGAUUCUGCAGACCCCACAUUCUGAAGGCACAUCUUUGCACUGAGGUUCAAUAUGAGCGCGCUGCCGUCGCGUCUUGGGACGUCCAUGUGUUGUUGACUGCACCAAAUAGGAGAGCUCCCGUUUCUGCUGAUGCGGCAGCAACGGGAAAUGGCUCGGGCGCUCUUACUGCCCCCUUAAUGUAUUCAGCCCUCUCAAUCGCACCAUCAGAAUUCUCGUGCCGAAUAGAACACCAAGCUGCUGGAGCGCUGACGCGCGCGACAGUCAAAAGACCAAGUCGAUCUAGUUGGUGUUGGAUCCUCUCAGUCUCGCGCUACAACUCGCCGUUUUUUUCGUUUCCCUCAGCAUGAUUUUAAACUGUCUGUCAAGAGAUUUACUCAACCGAGGUUCACAUAUUUGCGAUACCUACCGGUUGCUCCAGUCGACGUUGGAAAGCUACCGCAAGAGAAUACUGUGGAUGUUGACGAAGACAACAUAGUCCAUGAAUAUUUUAUAGACAAAUACUGUACAGCGCGCUGUAAAGUGAUAUAUAUAUUAAAACAAAGCUAGGAGUGCAAAGUUGUGGCGGUGGCUGGCGGCGCGCACUCCUUGGGACUCCCAUGCACCUUCUCUGAAAUCCGCAGGUGAUAAAGCAGGGGCAGGGGCAUAGAUACGAAGCAAUGGUCGACUUGGAGAGAAGCACGAGGGAGCCGCACUGAGGAAGCGCGAGGUAACCCCUGCAGGGGGACUGGUGUCAGUGAGGCGAAAUCGGAGAGGGGUAGAGUAAAAGCAACUGGAUGCCUGGUCAAGCGGGCUGAACCUACCCCAAUAUAAUCCUGCAUCGUGCUCAGCUCGAACGCCAGGAUGACCGUGGUGGCUGGAGAUAACAUGGACGAGACCUCCACCUUGCCGGGUCACCCGCAGGACACGUAUCCCCCGGACCAGGAUGACCACGAGUGCUGCGAGAGGGUGGUCAUCAACAUAUCCGGGCUGCGGUUUGAAACCCAGCUCAAAACGCUCGCACAGUUUCCCGAGACUCUCCUGGGCAACCCGAAGAAAAGGAUGCGGUACUUCGAUCCACUUAGAAAUGAAUAUUUCUUUGACCGAAACCGCCCGAGUUUUGACGCAAUACUGUAUUAUUACCAGUCCGGAGGUAGGCUGAGAAGACCAGUUAAUGUCCCUCUGGAUAUGUUCUCGGAAGAGAUCAAGUUUUAUGAACUUGGGGCAGAGGCUAUGGAAAAAUUUCGGGAAGAUGAGGGUUUUAUUAGGGAAGAGGAACGUCCAUUGCCAGAGAAGGAGUUUCAGCGCCAAAUCUGGCUUCUAUUCGAGCACCCAGAGAGUUCGGGGCCUGCGCGAGGGAUUGCAAUUGUGUCUGUCAUGGUCAUCCUCAUUUCAAUAGUCAUAUUCUGCUUGGAGACACUACCCGAACUAAAAGAGGACCCGGCAGGUCGGAUGCAUACUGUUGGAAACACCACCUUUUAUUACAAACCAAAUAUCCUCACCGACCCCUUCUUUAUAGUGGAGACACUCUGUAUUAUCUGGUUUUCCUUUGAAUUGAUAGUCCGGUUUUUCGCAUGCCCUAGCAAGGCAGCGUUCUUCAAGAACAUGAUGAACACCAUUGAUAUAGUGGCUAUUAUACCCUACUUUAUCACACUGGGAACCGAGUUGGCAGAAGAUGCCGACGGCAAAGAGAUAAAGGGCGAGCAGGCCACAUCUCUAGCCAUCCUCAGGGUCAUUCGUCUUGUCCGGGUGUUCCGAAUCUUCAAGCUGUCACGCCACUCCAAGGGACUUCAGAUUUUGGGGCAAACGUUAAAGGCCAGCAUGCGCGAGCUCGGCCUGCUCAUUUUCUUCCUGUUUAUCGGCGUGAUAUUGUUCUCGAGCGCCGUGUACUUUGCCGAGGCGGAGGAAAAAGAGUCAUUCUUCACCAGCAUCCCAGAUGCGUUCUGGUGGGCUGUCGUAUCCAUGACAACUGUGGGCUAUGGGGAUAUGUACCCUGUGACCAUUGGAGGCAAGAUUGUGGGCUCUCUAUGUGCCAUCGCUGGAGUGUUGACCAUUGCGCUCCCUGUGCCUGUAAUUGUGUCCAACUUCAACUAUUUCUACCACAGGGAGACGGAGGGGGAGGAACAGGCACAGUUACUAAACGUCAGUAACCAGAACCUGGCCUCUGACAGCAAUUCCAGUCGUCGCAGUUCCUCUAUUGUCAGCAAGUCGGAAUACAUGGAGAUAGACGAGGACAUUAAUAACAGCAUCGACAAUUUUAGGGAAGCAAACCUUAGAACUGGCAACUGUACUGCCCCCAGCCAGAACUGUGUCAAUAAGGGGAAGCUGCUCACUGACGUUUAAAGUCAUUGGCAGCAGAGGGACCUAGGGUGACAUGUGGCACCACUGUAAAUAAUGUAGAAAUAUCUGAAUGCUUGAUUUCCUUCGUUAAUGCGUUUUCGGCAUUGCGUUUUAUUACAUCUGAAUUGAAGAAAAAAAAGUUUGACACAAGAAAAUAGGGUGGCAAAAGGUUUCCUUUAUUAAGCUUCAACCGGGGCUUUGAUUUCUUAUGGGAAGGACUUAUUUGGCAACAUCUCACUCAUAAUAAGAGGCUACCACACGCCUGACUUAACAACUUGCGUGCGCAAAUUAGACAUGCCCAGUGAAAAGACGGCAUGGAUGACAGCGAACUUCUGGAGUUGCACGGUCAAGUCUCUGCAGAAGUCGAUGAACAUUGUUCUUGCCAGAAAGCACCUUACCAGAAAAUGAAUACAGGGGUCUCUUGCUACGAAGAGUAGGUGAAGAGGUUCUCUCAUGGAGGACGUUGCUGCUAUACUUUCCCCGUAUGAUGCCAUGCAAGACAACUUUAUAAAAAAAAAUGCUCAAAAUUAGCAUGUUGAGACACUCUUCUUUUUAUAUUGGCAUGCGCAAGACAUUACCUCAUUUUAUGUUUUUAUUUUCUAACCCCUUACUUCUCCUAUUCGAUCCCAAGGUUGAGAUAUCUUUUUUUUCUCAUUUGGUUUCACCAAAAGUGCACUGGUUAUUUAUUAUUUAAGUUAUUAAUUUUUUAAGAGCAUUUAAGUGCUGAAUGUUGACUCUUAAGGGAACAGUAACACUUUUUUGAAGAUCAUGGCAUGUAAAACUACUAAGCAUUAUGGCCUAAUUAACUAAGGUACUAUGUAUCCUGGUAUAUUCAAUGCAUGACGUCAGUAUUAAAUAACUCGCGGUUAUGGAGGGAACUCUGAAACAGUGGACUCUAACCUCCUUUAUAUUCUCAAGCUGAAGAACUGGACAUUUUGGCACAUGAUGGAACUACUGUAUGACUGAACUUCUUCCUGCCCAAGGAACACCUCAACUACAAUGGAAACAUCUGGAAAGGAUACAUAUCUGAAGAUCAAAACGGAAAAUUGAGACAUUUCUUGGUUGGCUUUCUCUACUAUAACUAUGGCUUUGCUGAUGGAGUGCAUGGACCCUAUACCUGAAUAAGAGAUUUAAACCUCAAUAUGUGAAUUGUGACUCCAUACUACAUUUGAUUUUGGAGUAUAUUUCCAGUGUAGAAAACCACACAAAACAAAUUAAACCUAGAACAAAAUUGAAUAGAAAAUGACACUGAAAUUAGUUGAUAGUGCCUUCAACCCUCUUAAAACCCACAGAAUCGACGAAAGUGCCUCCCUGUACAAUAGAAAACAAUUUCAGUAACCAGACUCUUUACCUGCCAUAAGAUGCACUAUUAAGUUAACUCGCACAUUCAGAAGAGAAGGGACAGUCUCAGAACAGCUCAGCAGUUCCAGGGCCGAACCGUGGGCUCUGAGGACGAGUGUUUCCACGCAGACACAGUCCUUAAGAUGAAGAUGGGCAUGACACAUGGCCGUAGUGCACAGAGAGAGAGAGAGAGAGAGAGAGAGAGAGAGAGAGAGAGAGAGAGGGGGGGGGGGAAGAUGGACAAUUUCACAGAUAUAUAGUGGCAGUGACUGGGGACAAAAGGUCGCACAGGGACCUCCUGGUGUGGGAAGUUGGGAAAGAGAGAGAGAGAGAGAGAGAGAGAGAGAGAGAGAGAGAGAGAGAGAGAGAUCCUGUUCUCUACUCGGCAUGCAUGCACUCGAGCGCUUCGGACACUUUGUACAUAGGCCUCCUGACUAGCUAACCACCGCGACACACUAACCAACGAGACAUCACAUCUAACCGCAGUGUUUUUUCGGGUCAUGAUUAAGCUCCACUGUUUUGCUUUGUACCAUAACGAGCCUUUCUGUUGGUUUGUCUACCUCAGUGUGGUAGUGCCCUGGGUGCUUGUGUCCGGCCGUGGGUCCUAUGUCCUCAUUCACGUUCCACUCCAUCUAUUGUUAGUCUGCCUAUUUAGACUGAUGAAAAGAAGAUAUAAUCGAGUCCAUACUAAAAACAAGUAGAUACAAUAACGAACCACCACAACAUUCUGUCCAUGCACUUGUCUCGUCUCAGCUAUGUUGAAAACCCAUGUACAUCCGGGAUACUGGUCUAAUAUGGAGUGAGGGUUUUAAAUGAUCUUAGGACAACAGCUCGGCAUUGCCCAGAGUUUUUCGACACAGCCAGACGUACGAAGCUGGAGAAACAUUGACACUUCCUAACGAAAACAACAAAAACGGAGCUAGAAAAAACCUGUCUUAAGCAUAGACUCUCGUUAUAGUAUGAACAUGAUGGAGUGUUUUUCCCACGGGAGGAUAAAAAGAUGUAUCCUUCUCCACCCACAACGGAAGCAGCUCAGCUCCACCCCUAGAUUACCCCCCCCCCGCCCCCCCGCCCAGAGCGUCAAGCGAGUCAGCGUUCAGCCGAACGUUAUGAUAGCCAAAGGCAUUAGUCACUCGGCAUGCCAGCAAAAUGGCUGCCGCUUUCCGCCGCUGGUUUUAGGAGGAAGGGCCGUGUCGCUGUGCCGGGAUGAGGGAGAGGAAACGCUAUGCUGUGACAUUUCGUUCGCACUGGCUCGCCUGCGAACAACAUGCUCUGUGUGGCAUGGGUGGCUGGAGAACAGCACCGCGAGUGGGUCUUUGCCACCGCUCUCGAUCAUGUGACAGAGUGAUCCCAAGCCCCCCAGGCUCCAAUGUGAGAUGGACCCAAUAGCAGAUGUCUGAAAGGAAUGAGGUGUUAAUCAUGAAAACAAAAUGUCAUGCUGAUACAAUGCACUGCCUAUGGCAUUCACUUGGUAUGUUUAGGUAGCGCUUGAAUGCAUUAUGCAUAGAUAGAUGUUGGUUUAAGAAAAAGCAAUGAAUUAUUCCAAGCUAUUGCACUUGAUCAUUACCAAGACAUGUCCUACAAGUCAAUUCCUGUUCUCGAUAAGCCGUAUGAUGUUGAUGAAGGACAGUUCAAAGGCAAAUAACAGUUCCUCUAUAUUUCUGAUCCCUGAGAAGUUUGCUGACACUCAGCCCCCCCCCACCCCCCACCCCCCCAGUUGACGCAGGGUGUCAUUCCAUUCAGGAUGGAGCGCCUUUCAACACUGCCGCUGGUGGCACCCUGCAGGCCAGCAUGAACUCAUGCGCUGAACCAAUCCCGGUGGAGCAAGGCUCACGUGCAGGGCCGCUAAGCGCACAUCUUCGAGAAUCGCCUCAAUGGCCCAAAGGCUGCGAACAAGCAUGGCUUAGAGCUGCCCUUGUCAUGCAGAGCCUGCGUCCCUUACCGAGGACGUCCAAUGGCUAAGCAGGCCUUAUUGUUUAUGGUUUACGGCGCAUGGGAAACAAUGGCACUGGUUGUGUGUCACCCCCCCCCCCCCCCCCCCAUAGUGUUUGCCUGUGUCGUUACAGUCGUGGAACGUGUGGCGAAAUAUCCCUUUAAUUCAUGUUUUGAUUUCUGAAAAAAUACGAGCUGCUGUGUGCGGUGCUACGUGUAAAACUGAAAGGGACCAUAGAGACAGAUCAUCAAAUUUGAAACGUUUUUGUAAGACAAAAAAAAACAGAAUAGCAAAAAAAAAAAAAAAAAAAGUCUAUUUUUCUUGAGUUAUCUUGAAAAACUCUUUUCGUGACAAAUACUUUACCACAACCAGGGUAGUUAAUGCACUUAGAUUGAUCUCCUACAUUGGUUUCAACAUGUGAACGGAUGCACAUAGGCCAAAGUUUGAGACUGAUCUGUACUUUGACAAGACACCAGACUAUUCUAAAGGGACCAAAUUAUAACUUUGUUCUUAAAGUCUGUUUCAUAUAUUAAGUGUGGAUUAAAAGUAGGAGGGACAACAAUCCGUUCAAAUGGUUGUGAGCUAAGAUUUGAAGACUUACAGUGUGUUUUUAUUAUUCAGAGACAAACAAUAUGAAAAGUCAGCAUACUCAGUUCAGACUGUGUUUAUAACGGCUAUGUCAUGCAGUAAGGAGAAGGGACUUACCCAAGUCUUUUUAAUCAAUUGAAUCUGAGCAUUUCCUUCUGACAAGCUUGUUUCUCCAAAAUUCUGUAUUGAUCAUUUUCUAGAAAGAGUAAGAAAGAGUCAGACAUUGUCUCCAUUGUUUUCCAAACAUGUAAGCUAUUGUUACAUCUUACAGUUAGGCUAUCAAUUUUAAUGAUCCUAAUCACUUUUGUAUUUCCAUAAUACAGUGUUAACACAUAUGUAUACAAUUUUCUUUCUGUGGACAAAAAAAUAUAUAUAUCACUAACUGUUGCUUUAGCAUAACAGACAGGGAUAUCUCUGUUCCAAAACCGUAAGCCAUUAGAUGACAUUUAAGAAGCAUUCUGUUUGUGACUUAAAAGCCAUGUUAAUGAGAGUCCAAGUGCAUUGAUUCAAAUAAUAUGUAAAUGACUUCUGCACACAAAAAAAAACUAAUUUUUAUUCCGUGUAUAAAGAUUCUGCUCAGAAAGUCAUCUUUAGGACAAGCCUCCAUCGUAUAGCGUGUGGUGAUCUCCAAGUCUUCAUAGCUAUGUGGCAUUCUGCUUCUGUUUUAAACUGCAUGGGCGGCGGAAGACUGCAUGAUCUUGACCAUUCAAGUAAGAAUCAAUUUCUGUGUUUGGCGAAAAUCAUUAUCAAAGUGCUUGCCCUCUCAUUGACCUUCUCGUCAUUGUCACAUUUAUACAGCACACUUACUAUCAUGAUCAUUACUCUAUUAUUAUCAUGCAGCUCCCCUCUGCCAAAUAGAAAUUUCAAAUAUAAAUAUGAUAUUGUAGAGAAAUCUCGAUACAUAAACACUCUUUGUACUAUUAAAUCAGAGGGUUGGUGAUUAUUAUUGUUUCGACUGGUAUGACUGGAUUCCAGUCCAUUCUAUCCUAGCUCCCUUGUUGUAAGCCAAAGCCCAGUCCUGAUCAAACCUACUGAAAUACCAGUGAGGCAAUCUGAUUGGCUACGUCGCUCCUCUACGCGGUCCUCUAGGUUGUUGCUGAUAUUCUUUCUGAACCUUGAGUUGUCCAUGUUACAAUCUGUCAUUGUUUACUCUCAUUCAGGAUUCUGCUACAGUAUGCAAUGUCUGUCAUUUGUUGGUGAUGGCAUAGUCUGUAACCUAUGCAAGGGUACUCAUUGUUUUUUGUCACCUAUGAUUUCAUCAAAUAGCAACCAUUUCAAUAAAUUUCUAAAGAUCUGA